UAUAUAUAUAUAUUAUAUGUAAAAUUUCAUGGAAAGCUGAAAACUGCAACGUUUAAAAUGUUGUCUAUUGCUGAGAAAGAACGGGACUUUUAUUUUGAAAAUGAACUGAGGAUUCGCGUGAAGGGGCACUGUUGCGCAGGCGCUCUCACAAUUGCUGGGGAUUAUGCGCGACACAGACACGUUUGCUCCUGUCUCCUCAUUUCUUCCUGUUUUUACAGGGACUUUCUAAUCUGCUUACACGGCCUUCUGCACGGGGCCUGUAACAGAUUUUUGGGGGCUCGUCCGGGAUCGACUCCUGAUGCCCAGGGAGAUCGAUCCACCAAACCUGAUCCUGAGGACCAAACGAGUGCGGACGCUGAGUGAGAUGGUGAUCCAAUAAGCGAGGACAUUGGUGAGAAGUGGGCUGGUGAUUGUGCGAGUGGCUCGAGGGACUGUGGAAAAGGUUUCAUCAUGGCUGAUCGAGUACGCAAAGGCCUGGUGUGGGACAUCAGGAAAUGUCUACUCAACCUGUCUUCUGUUGAACUGUUCCAAGUUGCCAAAAGCAUCGGUCCAAUACCAGGCAAAGACUUCUCUGAACUUGACGUUGAGGAUCAAGAGGGCUGUCUUGAAUACAUAAAUGCCUUCAUGUACAGCACUCACCUGUUAGAAUCAGAGGACAGAGGUAUGACUGAACUUUUGGUUCUACAAGGGACUGUAGAGGCUGUUAUAUUAGAGCAUGGUGCAGCAGCUCCUGAUCAUGGUGAAUUUGAGAGUAAUGUUAAUGUCUUACCUGUACCCACUUCACAUAUUCACACCUCCACAGGUCACAUGAUCACUUCAGACACUGUGCAUGUAGAAUCACUCAAAAAUGCAUCUGACUUAGAGAAAGUUAGAGAGUUAGAUACCAACCCUACUGUCACGCACGCAGAUUUCGAAGAGCUGAGUAGGAAACUCAUUCAGUAUCUUACACCACAUACACAGCACUCCACUCAUAGCCCACCUGUAAGACACAAUAGUGACAUGCUGAUAAAUAAGAAUCUUGAAAGCACCUCACAGGGGAUCUCUGAGAAAGUAGUCUCGUUACGAGACCUCUCCUGCCUGCAACGGCGUGAAUUUAAGAUACAAGGGGGGCAAAUUGGUGACUAUGCAUCCGACAUUACAUAUGCCAGUGUGUGUCGACAGAUUGAUGAUGGAGUUAAAGAGAAUUUCAGUGAAGCUGAACUCGUCAGGGGAAUACUACGUGCAAUUAAACCAGGUAACUUCAAAGAAAUGAUUAUGAAUAAGGAAGAUAUGACAGUGGAAGAACUUAAGAGGUUCCUUCAGUCACACCUAGGGGACAAGAGCAGCACAGAGUUAUUUCAGGAAUUGAUGUGCGCAAAACAGAUGGAGACCGAAACACCCCAACAGUUCCUGUACAGGGUAAUAGGUCUUAAGCAGAAAAUACUCUUUGCUAUCAAGCAGUCUACCACAGAUGUGAGGUACAGCCCAGCCACAAUUCAGGAUGUGUUCCUUCACACUGUGUAUCAGGGCCUGGGGCACAAGUAUAAGGAUGUCAGGAGUGAGCUCAAACCCCUGUUGGCUGACCACAGUAUCACAGAUGAGGCAAUUGUGAGAAAUGUGAUGAAAAUCACCAAUGAUGAAAACGAGCGAGCACGAAGAUUGGGUCCAAUAACCCGUCCCAAGCAUAGUAACGCAAGCUCUGCCCAACUUGAAAGCGAACCUGACAAAGGAGUAAAAGAGCAGCCUGUUCAGAAAAUCAAAAAUGAUCCAAUCAUACAACUUACUGCUCGCAUUGACGCGCUUACCAGUAUGGUAGAUGCCAUGCGCCAGUCAACACUGAGGCCACAACCUGAACAUACCUGUCAAUGCUUUGCAAAAGAUCACACCCCACAGCGAGGAGCAAAAUUUCGAGGUUGCCCCAGGUGUGUCGAAGCUGGACAACAGAACUGCACUCAUUGUUUUCUCUGCGGUGAAGAGGGUCACCGGGCUCGAGGAUGUCUCCGGAAGCAGAAACUGCAGGGAAACGGGAGACGGCCACUGCCAGGGGACGACCAGUGACCGAGCCUUGUAUGUCCCAAAACCCCGAGGACUCCAUUUUGGGGAUCAAACCUGACUCUGUAAAAUGUAAACACUCAACAGUA